AUGUCUCAUUGUGAACAAAAAUUUGCGAAACCUACGGAAUCAUGUUUAUUGUUUCCUUCACGGAAAGCUGCGCAAAGAUGUCGCGAUUUUCUAAAACGGUAUUACAACCCACAAGAUGCUUUGUCUUCAUCAACAUCAAUUUCGAAAGCUUCUUCCACUAUAGCACGUCUUGCAGAGAUUACAGUUCUUGCACCUACAGCUGAAUAUACUGAAUCAUCAUUACCUAAUGCGGUCACUCUUUAUGUGAUAAUUUUUCCGAAAGAUGCUUUUCCAGUCGCCAAAUCGUAUUGGCAACAUACCGGUGAUGGAAUUUCUUCACGUCAUGCAGAAUAUGUCCUUCGUCUAUUACAGGCUAAACAGGAAGAAGAACAAACCCAAGAGAAAUUGAUGAAUCUUAAAAUAUCAUCCAAGAAAAGAUAUUCUAAUCCGCGCCCUCCUGUAGCCGUGGCUAACGUAACUAACACCAAUAAUAUUGAUAGCAACAAUAAUGAUAUUAAUAAAAGUAUUACAAAAAAUAAUAACCUUAACAAUAACAUUACAGACAAUAAUAACGAUUGUGAUAAUAGCAAUAAUAGUAAUAUUGUUAAUAGUAAAAAAGCAUCGGCAGAUGAAUUAUUGUUUGGAGCUAAUUCAUAUGUAGAAGAGAGAUAUGGUCGCAAUCUUUCAGCCGAAUUCGCCGAAAAGGCAAAGAUUGUUCUAAAACGCCGAAUUGCGGGAGUUUUUGGGGUAGAAAGUGAUGAAGAGAAUUUACAAAAUGUAGCUUCAAAGGCAAUUGAAGGAAUAUCAGAACGCGAUCUUAUGGUGGUAUCGGAGGAUGAUGUGUAUCUUUUUCCCUGCGGAAUGAGUGCUAUAUUCAAUGCUCAUCGAAUCAUACUCUCUGCAUUUCCACACAAGAAAAGUGUAUGUUUUGGUUUUGUGUACGUUGAUACUUUGAAAAUUUUGGAAAAGUUUGGACCUGGAUGUCAUUUCUUUGGUCACGGUUCCUCGACAGAUAUUGAUGCAUUAGAGAAUUUACUCGCCUCGGGUGAAAAAAUCCUGUGCCUAUUUUGCGAAUUUCCUUCAAAUCCAUUAUUGAAAUCGCCGGAUCUAAAACGUCUAAGAGCAUUGGCGGAUAAAUAUGAUUUUUUAAUAAUCGUGGAUGAGACGAUCGGAAAUUAUAUAAACGUUAGGGUCUUAGAAUGUGCAGAUAUAAUUGUCUCUAGUUACACAAAGAUCUUUAGUGGAGAUAGUAAUGUUAUGGGAGGAGGAUUGGUUUUGAAUCCGCAACGCCGUCAUUAUCAGAAACUGAAAGAAGCCUUGAAAGUGGAAUAUGAGGAUCUUUUUUGGGCUGAGGAUGUGAUCUUUCUUGAAAGAAAUUCUAGAACUUUUAGAGAACGAAUACUAAAGAUAAAUGAAAAUGCUGAAAUGCUCUGUGAUUUUCUUAAUAGCAACUCAAAAGUCAAGAAACUCUACUAUCCAAAAUUCAUAACACCCGAGAUUUAUGCGCAAUACAUGCGAAAAGAAGGCUGCUACGGUGGCCUAUUCUCGAUCACUUUUCAUUCUGAGCGCGCGUCUGCUCAAUUCUUUGAUGCGCUCCCAAUUGCAAAAGGCCCAUCUUUAGGCACAAAUUUUACACUUGCAUGCCCUUACACGAUUUUGGCGCAUUAUACAGAAUUGGAUUGGGCUGCCAAAUUUGGCGUUGAGAAAGUUCUGGUUAGGGUGAGCGUGGGUUUGGAAAAUAAAGAGACAUUGCUUACGGCUUUUCAGAUUGGCUUGGAUGCUAUCACCGAUAAUUAA